CCGCCGGUUAUAUAACCCGGCCGCGCCGGUCCCGCCCGCACCCCGCCGGCCGCUCGCACCGGGCGCCAUGUUCGCCGUGAAACCGAAAGCUGUCAUCGGCUUCAACCUCUACUGCGGCGGCUCCCCGGCGCUGGGUGCCGGCGGGCCGGGGCAGCGCCCGGAGCCCGCGGCCGCCGCCGCCGCCACCGCGGAGCCGCCCCGGGAGCGCCCCGGAGCCGCCGCCGGCCGCGCCGACCCCCCCCGCGCGCUGAUUGGUCGAAGCUCGGCGCCUCGCGCGCUGAUUGGCUGCGGCGCGACUCUCUGGCGCCCCGAAGAGGAGCUGGAUGGAUGCGAGCCCGAGCCCGAGCGCGGCCCCGCCGCCGAUUCACUGCCCGGGACCCCACCGGGGCCUCCGGACGGGCUCCGGCAGGACUCGCUGGAGCUCAUCAGCCGCUACCUGCGGGAGGUGGCGGGAGAGGCGCAACCCAGCGCUAAGAAGCUUUUUCCGGGACUCCUGGGUGGUCCCGGCCGGCCGGGCGCGGCGGGGGAUGCGGUGAUGGAGAAAGCGCUGGAGACGCUGCGGAGAGUCGGCGACGGCGUCAUGAGGAAACACGAGCUGGCCUUUCAAGGGAUGCUGAGGAGGCUGCAGAUCCAGCAGGAGGAGGACCUGCAGAGCGUGGUGGAGGUGGCUGCCCAGAUGUUCAGUGACGGUGUCACCAACUGGGGACGGGUGGUGACCCUCAUCACCUUCGGCGCCUUCGUGGCCAAGCACCUGAAGAGCAUCCAGCAGGAGCAGAGCAUCAGCAGCCUGGCUGGCAUCAUCACCGACGCCCUGGUCUCCUCCAAGAGGGAGUGGCUGGAGAGCCAGGGGGGCUGGGAGGGCUUUGUGGACUUUUUCCGCGUGGAGGACCUGGAGGGCAGCAUCCGGAACGUUCUGAUGGCCUUCGCGGGGGUGGCCGGCCUGGGGGCCAGCCUGGCCUACAUGAUCCGGUGAGGCCGGAGCUGCCCACGGACCCUGGGAGCAUUUUGGGAGCAUUUUGGGCGGAUUUGGGGAGGAUUUCGGCUCCCUGGGGCUGCACAGCUGCCCUGCUCCCUCUGAAGCUGGACUCGAGGACGUGGAGCUGUCGCCGGAGCUGCUGAGGAAGAGGAGGGUGUGACCCCAGCCUGGAGGGAUGGAGGGAGGGAUAGUGGAUGGACAGACAGAUGGAUGGAUGGAUGGAGAGAUGGAUUGAUUGAUGGAUUGAUGGAUUGAUUGAUUGAUUGAUUGAUCACAAAAUGAUUUGGGUGGGAAGGCCCUUAAAGCCCAUCUCGUUCUGCCAUGGCCAGGGACAGUUGAGCAGAAUCUGCCUGGGCUUAGAGCUCAAAUU